GACAGAGAGAGAGACAGGGUACCGAGAGAGAGAGACGCGGUAUCGGAGGGCUGAGUUCCGUCUUUGCCGUUCUUCCGUCGCCCUGCUUUAAGUCCUCUGUUGUCCGGGUCAGGAUGAGCGUGGUCGUCGCCGCAGUGGAGAGUUGUUUUCUGUCCGCCUUACAGCCGAACUCGUCCUGCACCGCCUACGUUGUUCCGUCCCGACGUCCAGAUUGGGGAAGGCGGCGCGGGUCCGGCAGCCAGGUCCGUCUGCGUCUCGCCGAGAAGUCCCUCUCCCUUCCGCGGCUCAACUGCGCCGACCUCGGCUCGACAGACUUUGAUGCUCCUGUGGGAAAGAACUUUGCCUCCAGCCAUGGCUUCAGUUCCAGAUCCAUGAUACACACGCCGAGCCGCGUCAUGGCUGUUCCCACAGUACCUAUCCACUCCCCCGGGUUCUCCUCUUAUUCUAAUGUGGAAAAAAGCAUGAGCCAUGGCUACAGGAUGAGCCAACCAGGACCCACCGUGGUCCAGAGGAGCCAAAUGCACACCAGAAGCAGACGCUCCAAAUCCGUUUCCCACACAGACCAGGAGGAACUUCCGCUGCCUUCUCUGGUGCCCUCAGAGAGUCCCGCCCUCCUCAUCCCCGGCCAAGACACCCUGCGGCGGAGCCUGAGUGGGACGUUGGCCAGAGGAGGAGGAGAGUCCAACUGCUUCGAGGAGGACUUUGGUAUCCAGCCCACCUACAGAGGUCCUUCCCAUCGCACCAUCAACCGAAUCACCAACCGCCAGCAGCACCACCAGCUGACCUCUGCUUGGGGCCAGGAGGUAGGGCCCGGGGGCAGGGUGGGGCCCAUGGCUGGUGGCAGUCUGGGUGGGCAGUGGCAGCACGUGUCAAGGGGCAGUAGUGUGUCAGGGAUCGGGCAAUACCAAGCGUCCCUAAAUCGAGCGGCCUCACUGCGCAGCUUGAGGAGUGUUGGAAAAGGAGUGGAUGUGGAUGGAGGAUCGACACACAGCAACGACCGACUGGGAGGCAUGCAGGGUCUGGACAUGGUGACAGCAGUGAGAUACCUCUCGGAGCUGGAUCCAGCCAUGCAGGUUAUGGGAGCGGCCUAUAUUCAGCACCAGUGUUACCACAGCAACGAAGCCAAGGACGAGGUGCGUUCUCUGCAUGGGGUAUCAGCGUUGGUCCUCCUCUUCUCCAGUGAAAAUCAGGAGGUCCAGCGUUUUGCCACUGGAGCCACACGCAACCUCAUCUAUGAGAACGCCGACAACAAGGUCGCACUCAUUGGCGCCGGAGGUGUGACGCGACUCGUCAGCAUACUGAAGGAACCAGAUGAAGAGCUGCACAAGAACAUCACAGGCAUCCUGUGGAAUCUGUCAUCCAGAGACAACCUGAAGGAAAAACUCUCCAGGGAGGUUUUGUCAGAGCUGACGGAGAAAGUCCUGGUUCCUUUGUGCAGAGACUCCAUCCAGCUGAGUCUGUCUGAGAAAGACAUCUUCAACAACACCACAGGCUGUCUCAGGAAUCUGAGUUCAGUGAACGAGAGAACUCGUCAGAAGAUGAGAGAGAUGAGAAGCCUUGUGGAUUCUCUGGUAUUCUACAUCCAGAAUGCUCUGCAGGAAGACAGGAUGGACAACAAGGGCAUAGAAAAUACUGUGUGUAUACUGAGGAACCUCUCCUACCAGCUGUACAUAGAGCUGCCACUCUCAGCCCAGCGGCAUCUGGCAAGUCCGUCCAGAUCGUCAGACGACAGAGAAAACCAGGUUAUCGGCUGUUUCCCCAUGCAGAGCAAAAAGAGCAAAGAGAAGCAUAACCAGGAGCUGUCCAUGUUCUCCAAAGCAUCCCACCAGCCGCAUGGCGCCGAGUGGCUUUGCCAUCCUCAGCUUGUGGUUCUGUACAAGGCGAUGCUGCAAAACAGCCACAGCAGCUCCGUCACCCGCGAGGCUUCAUUAGGAGCCCUGCAGAACAUCACGGUGGGGGAGGCGAGGUGGGCAUCAGUGUUGAGUUUUGUGAUUUUGGAGCAAGAGCAGAUGCUGCCCAUACUGUUGGAGCUGCUGGACACAAACAGUGAGAUGGAACUGAGACCGCUCACCGGACUGCUUCGCAACCUGGCACGACACUCUCACAAUAGGGAGCAUAUGGCCAAAAGUGGAGUACAGGUGUUAGUGUCCAAGCUUCCCAGUGAUGGCUUGCAGAAAGACCCAUCCAGCGAGGUGGUUGUCAAUAUCUGUGGAGCUUUAAACUACCUGGUCUCCAGCAGCUCGCUGGCGGCUCGGGACAUCUGUUACUUCAACGGCCUUCCCAAACUGGUGGGCAUCAAAACUUCUCAUGACAACAGUUACGGAGCUGUGAAAGCUGCCAAGGCUUCAUCCACGGUCCUCUGCAACAUGUUCCAGUACAACAAGCUGCACAAGGACUACAAACAGAAAGGAUUUUCCAGAAGAGACUUCAUGGAUUCCAGCAUCUAGAUCACAGCAGGCUUCCAGAUGGAAAAGUCACCUGCUGGAUGAGGAAUAACUAACUACAUGUUGGACCUGAAUCCAGGCUGCACGGGGAUCAGAGGGAGGGGAAAACCAACCAUGAAGAGGAAGUGGUUUAGUGGUGGUUUGUGGUGUUCUGUCCCUCGUGGCCUGACCCAUAUCUGAUGACGUAAUCAAACAGUAAUGAAGUGAAUCUGAAGCAGGUGUUUGUUUAUCUUUGUUCUGACGAAAUGUACUUUACACACGCCCUCCGACCCUAAAACACCUGCUGUGUGUGCACUGCAGGGGUCGCUAUACUGACUGUGUGACUGUCUUUACCGGUGCCCUGAAGUGGAAUUGUAUUAACAGGUGCUUUUUAUUUUUUGUCUUUUUUUUGUGAGGGGGGAAUUUGCCCUUUUUUCUCCCCAAUUGUACCCGGCCAAUUACCCCACUCUUCCCAGCCGUCCCGGUCUCUGCUCCACCCCCUCUGCUGGUCCAGGAGGGCUGCAGACUACCACAUGCAUCCUCCCAUACAUGUGGAGUCACCAGCCGCUUCUUUACACCUGACAGUGAGGAGUUUCACCAGGGGGACGUAGCGCGUGGGAGGAUCACGCUAUCCCCCCCAGUUCCCCCUCCCCCUGAACAGGUGCCCCAACCGACCAGAGGAGGCGCUAGUGCAGCGACAGGGACACAUACCCACACCCGGCUUCCCACCCGCACAGAGGACCACUUGUGUCUGUAGGGACGCCCGACCAAGCCGGAGGCAACACGGGGCUUCUUUUAUCGGUUACUGGUUUAUGUCUUGAUGAAGCCUGUUCACUGCCUUUCACCACACUGAGACAGCAGGAGAACAGGAGGUCUCGACAGGCCUCAUGAAGCACGUGUCUGGGCUGUGGUGGCAGGAAGCCAAACCAGGUGUGGGGUUGGAAAGAGGAGACGUGUUAUGAUAAGACAGCAAUGCCCUGCAUCGUCCUGUAGCACUGUUUAUCAUGUAGUGUAGCUUCUCUCAUUUAACUUUUCUCAUCAGCUAAUAAGACGUGUUGACUACAAGGGACAACAUCAGCGCAUUUGUGGUUGAGCUGUGCAGGACGCACCGUGAGUCUGACACAGCUGAAGGUGCAGCUCCCAUACCCGCGGCCCACUGGCUCUGGGAUGGAAUCAUGUUACUUAUCAUAGUGGUGUAUGAAGGACUCCCUCUGCUGUUUGAUCCUGUUUGUAUUAGCUGAAACUAUAAAUAAAGUUGUGCCAAAACGUU